CCUCCGCGCGUCCCUCUGUCCUCUGGAGCCAGGCUCCGACAGACGGGCAGGCGGACGGACGCGCGGACUAAGGGACCAGUGGGCGGCCAGGCGCGGGGCCGCGAGAGGAGCAGGUGUGGGCCAGGCACUAAGCCCUGGACUCAGGCCACUCUGAGGUCUGCCCUCUCACCGCCAGCCAACGUCGAGGACGCCAUGAGCCAAUCAGGGUCCGUGAGCUGUUGCCCGGGUGCUGCCAAUGGCAGCCUGGGCCGGUCUGACGGUGUGGCCAAGAUGAGUGCCAAGGACCUGUUUGAGCAGAGGAAGAGGUACUCCAACUCCAAUGUCAUCAUGCACGAGACCUCCCAGUACCACGUCCAGCACCUGGCCACGUUCAUCAUGGACAAGAGUGAGGCCAUUGUGUCCGUGGAAGAUGCCAUCCGGAAGCUGGUGCAGCUGAGCUCCAAGGAGAAGAUCUGGACACAGGAGAUGCUGCUGCAGGUCAACGACCAGUCGCUGCGGCUGCUGGACGUGGAAUCCCAGGAGGAGCUGGAGAACUUCCCGCUGCCGACCGUGCGGCACAGCCAGACGGUGCUGAACCAGCUACGCUACCCGUCGGUGCUGCUGCUUGUGUGCCAGGACUCAGACCAGAGCAAGCCCGACGUCCACUUCUUCCACUGCGACGAGGUGGAGGCAGAGCUGGUGCAUGAGGACAUCGAGAGCGCGCUGGCCGACUGCCGCCUGGGGAAGAAGAUGCGGCCACAGACCCUCAAGGGCCACCAGGAGAAGAUCCGGCAGCGGCAGUCCGUCCUGCCCCCGGCCCAGGGCCCGGCCCCCAUCCCCUUCCAGCGCUACGGCAGGGACUCGCCUUCCACCAAGAACCGAGUGGGCCUGCCCAUGCCGCUCGGCGACCCAGGCUUUCGCCGUUGGGAGUCGCAGGACGAGGAACCGAGGGCCGUGCUGGCUCAGAAGAUCGAGAAGGAGACGCAAAUCCUCAACUGCGCCCUGGACGACAUCGAGUGGUUCGUGGCUCGGCUGCAGAAGGCUGCUGAAGCUUUCAAGCAGCUGAACCAGCGCAAGAAGGGAAAGAAGAAGGGGAAGAAGGGGCCGGCAGAGGGCGUCCUCACGCUGCGAGCACGGCCCCCCUCCGAGGCCGAGUUCGUUGACUGUUUCCGGAAGACCAAGCUGGCCAUCAACCUGCUCGCCAAGUUGCAGAAGCACAUCCAGAACCCUAGCGCGGCCGAGCUGGUGCACUUCCUCUUCGGGCCUCUGGACCUGAUCGUCAGCACCUGUGGUGGCCCAGACAUUGCUCGCUCGGUCUACAGCCCCCUGCUCUCCCGAGACACUGUGGGCUUCCUGCGCGGCCACCUGGUCCCCAAGGAGAUGGCGCUGUGGGAGUCCCUGGGGGAGACCUGGACACGACCCCGCUCCGAGUGGCCUCAGGAGCCGCAGGUGCCCCCCUACGUGCCCAAGUUCCAGAGCGGCUGGGAGCCACCCCUGGACGUGCUGCAGGAGGCCCCCUGGGAGGUGGAGGGGCUGGCGUCAGCCCCCGGUGAUGAGCCAACUCCAGUGAGCCGCACGUCCUUCAGAAACUCCCCAAAGCAUGGCCUCGCAUCUGAGCCCACACCCCAGGGAGACGUCCUCCCCCAAGUCAGCUCCCCACAUGCUCACAGGGGCUACGAACCCACACCGGCCAUGGCCAAGUACGUCAAGGUCCUCUACGACUUCACAGCCCGCAAUGCGAACGAGCUGUCGGUGCUCAAGGAUGAGGUCCUGGAGGUGCUGGAAGACGACCACCAGUGGUGGAAGCUUCGAAAUCGCAGCGGCCAGGCAGGCUACGUGCCCGGCAACAUCCUGGCCGAGACCGGGCCGGAGGACGCCCUCCUGGAGCAGGGGGUGAAAUACUGGGGUCCUGCCAGCCCAACCCACAAACUGUCCCCAGGCUUUGCCGGGAACAAAGGAGAGAUGAUGCAGCACAUGGACGAGGUCAACGACGAGCUCAUCAAGAAGAUCAGCCACAUCAAGGCACAGCCGACGCGGCACUUCCGCGUGGAGCGCAGCCAGCCGGUGCACCUGCCGCUCACCUACGCGUCCGGCCCCAGCGAGGUCCGCGCCUGGCUGGAAGCCAAGGCCUUCAGCGCCCGGAUCGUGGAGAACCUGGGCAUCCUGACUGGACCCCAGCUUUUCUCGCUCAACAAGGCCGAGCUGCGGAAGGUGUGCGGGGAGGAGGGCGCCCGCGUGUACAGCCAGCUCACCGUGCAGAAGGCCGUCCUGGAGAAGCAACAAGGUGGAUCGGAGCUGGAGGAGCUCAUGAGCAAGUUCCAUUCCAAGAACCAGUGGCGGGCGGAGGAAGACAGCUAGGCCUGCGGCAGGGCGCACGGCCCGCGGCAGGGCCCGCCCCCGCGGCUGGAGUAUUAUUUUUGUACGUGUACGUAUUUCGGACCGCGGACUCGGACGGAGAGUCGUGCCGGCUGGGGACCGGCUCGCCCGCCUCAUGGCACGUGGGGCCUGUCCUCCGGCUCAGCGGUGCCCCGGCCCACACUCCCCACCUGCCCCGACGCCCACCGUAGCCAAACUUGCCACCAGGUGGUGCCAGCCCCUCGUCCGCCCGCCCGCUGAGGCCAGAGCUGUGCCGGUCCCAGACCCGGCCCUGCCCUUCCCCACAGCUCUCCCUGAGGCCGAAGAACCCACGCACGCACCCUGGGAGGGGGCAGGGGCCUUUCCUCUGGCCGCCUCCGUCCACACAGGGGUUCCUCCCAGCGCAGGUGACUCGGGCCCUGCCGCCUUCCCCACGGCCCCCUGCAGCCACUGCAUCCCCAUACCUCCAGGUGGCCGGCUGCGGGCCACCAGGGCAGCAGACCCCAGCCACCCAGCUGCCCUUGUCUCUGAACUGGGUGGGCUGGUGCCCUUUGCCCCCAGAGAUCGCCCUCAGCGCCCACCCAGCACACGGCACCCCCAGGGUGGGCUGGGGGACUCCGGGCCCCACUGGGGUGAGGGGCAUGCCGUUCUCCCUUCACCACCUGGAGGAUCAAGGAUGGCCUGAACACCACUCACCCGAGUUCUGGCCUUGGGCACCCCUCACCCCCACCCCAGCCCUGCCCGCUCCCCCUCCGCAGAGCCAGAAGGGAACUUUCUCUGAGCAAGUCUCAGGCCAGCCUUGCCUGGUGUGCUGUAUGCUGGGGGGGAGUCUUGGAGCCCUGGGCUCUGCGGGUGGCGCCCCAGCGAGGAAAGGUGACCAAGGCUCAGAAUCCACACCAUUAAACCACUUAAG